GGGACGCGCUGCGCUCCGCUCCCGCGGAGUUCUGUCCGUCCCGUUCCGCGCCGGCCUGUCUGUCCUGCCCGCGCUCCCUGUCCCGCUCCGCGCCAGUCUGUCCGCGCUGCCUGUCCCGGUCUGCACCGCCCUACCGGUCCCGCCUGUCCCCGUCCGCGCCGUCCCGCCGGCACCGGGACGCAGGCUCCCUGCCUCUCUCCAGCCCUGAUGGGCUGCCAGGAGAGCGAGUACAUGGAUGAGCAUGAGAAACACACCCCCUGCAGAAGCUGCAUGCCCGGGCAGGAGCUUUCCAAGGACUGUGGCGACAGCGGCGGGGGGGAUGCGCAGUGCGUUGCCUGCCCUCCCAGGAAGUUUAAGGACAGCUGGGGGCAUCACAGCUGCAAGCCCUGCCUCUCCUGCACCCUCAUCAACCGCAUCCAGAAGUCCAACUGCACAGCGACAACCAAUGCAGUCUGCGGGGAGUGCCUGCCGGGGUUUUACCGCAAGGCACGGAUCAACGGGCAGCUGGACUGGGAGUGCAUCCCUUGCACCAAGCAGACACCCUCCUCUGAGCCUCAGUGUCGGUCCAGAACAAACCUGGUGAAGGUAGCAGUCCCCACUGUACCGCCACAGGACACAGCCCUUCUUGCACUUACCAGCAGUGCCCUGGUCAUCAUUGUACUGGUGCUUCUGGCACUCUCCAUCAUCUACUGCAAACGGUUUUGGAAGAGCCAGUGUCAGCGAGUCUUCCUGAGGACUCAGAACUUCUCGGGCCAGCAAGCAAUGUUCCAAGCUGCGGAGGCGCCCGGCAGAUUCCUGUGUGAGGAGCAGAUGUCUGGUCCCUGCUGCCUGGGUGUAAAGAACCUGAGCCCCUGCUACAGGCAGGCAGAAGGCCCUGUGGAAGCGGUGCAGUUCAUUUCAGACGGGGAAGCUGUGGGUCUCCAGCUUCCCUCUCUCCAGCCAGAGAUGGACUUGCCACCAGCCGUUGCGGCCAGCGCUGCCUCCAAAGCCCAGAUGGGCAGGAGCCUCCUGGAAAGCCAGCCCCUCAUCCGGGCCUCGGGCCGUGGCGACUGCCUGGCCGGGGUCCUGCCACCCUCCAACCCCAGGCAGGGCCAGCUGGGCACGGCAGAGGUCCUGGCCCCCCUCUCCUCCUGCGCCUCCGAGAUGCAGCACAAGUGGCCGCACGCCCCUGUGGAGUGCACCGAGCUGGACCUCCAGAAGUUCUCCACCCAGGCAGAGUUUGUGGGCGGCGAGCGGCCGGAGGAUGCAGUGAGCCGGGCAGCACCGAGGAUUCCAGCAGAGAGUGGUGGCAUGGGGCGGGAGAGGGCCCGGCACCUGCCCUCCACCUUCCCAAAUCCCACCACCGAAAGUGGGGAGCAGCCGGUGGAUGAUGCCCAGAGCCUUGUGACUCAGAUCAGCAGCACGGCAAAGGGUCUCCCAGUAGCAGAGCUGCCCCAUUCCUUGGUGCAGUCACUUGCCUUCUUGCUGAACCCUUCCUUGAACGGUGUGAAGAACUUCAGCCACGUGGCGCUGGAGCUGGGGGUCACGCCCCAGUUGCUGGGGCAGAUAUCUGGAUUUGAGCAGCUCGUCGCUCACUUCACCUACUCGGGAGACACGGUCACCAUCCCGCUCCUGGCUCAAGCUCUGCAACGACUCCAGCGGUUCGAUGCCUUGCUCCUGCUCUGCGACCACUUCGCGCUCAGCCAGGCUCAGUGCCGCCAGCGCUAGAGGACAGGAAAGGGACGGAGGAACCUCCGGGCACUGUGUCUACUGGUACGGGAGAGGAUCCGGUAGCCCUGCGGUCACAUAAUCUCUGGUGUGCACAUGGGGAGUAUGUGGAGACGGUCUUUGCAUUGCAGAACAGAAGGACGCAGCGGGGAGCAUCCCUCCUUAGGGGAGCGCCGGGAGGCUGCAGCCGUGCCUCCUCCUGCCCUCCACGUGGGAAGGUUUGUUCAGGCCUCUCCAGAGGCUGUUUUUUUCUCCAGCUGUGUUGACACCCUUGUCCGGCAGCGGAGUGCCAUCAGUGGCUGUGCUGCUCGGGCUGUUGGCUUGGGGUCCCUCGGCCACAGGGCUCAGUCUCUGCAGGCAGCCACCCUCUUACGGGCCCAGCCAUCCAUCACCUCCCUCCCAUUCCAGCUUUCCCGUCCUUCAUCUGGCCCACACUCAGCUUUCCCAGGUGCUGGCUGCCACUUUCCCAGUUUACUUUUCACUUACUCCUCUUCCUCUGUGCCAGAGAUGGUCCUCGGCAGAGGACCUGGCUGUGACCGCUGUGCUGGGGCCUUCAGUCUCCCUGUGCCACCCUGGCACCUUCCCCUUCAUGUCUUUACGAAGCGGUGCAGUUUUCCUGCAGGAGUCUUGGACUGAUCCCUGGGAUGGGUUGACGUACGUCCUGUGGCUGCCGGCCUGGGGGAGGGUGCUGGCUCACUCCCGAGGCUCCUGCUGCGUGACUGGCCCUGCGGAUGGCUGCCGACCGCUGUCUCUGAGCACCGAGGCCUUGCAAAGUGCCCUGCGGUGACACGGGGCGGCAGAGGCAGGGCUGCUGCACCGCCGUGCCCCGGGGGGCAGCCGGUGCCGUGCCAGCGCUGGGCGGCAGCUGGAGGCUGAACCUCUGACCGUGGCUGCGUCACAGUCAGUGGCGACGUCCCUGUGUCAGUCACAGCCGCGCCAGCUUGUUUUAAACUUUUUUUUUUUUUUUUUUUCCUGCCUAAAAAUGACCUAAUUGGCUCAUUCCUGGGAGUAGCUGCUAGGGAGCAGAGCACCGUUCUGCUUUUAAUUUUUUUCCUGGAGGAUUCGUCUGAGCUUGCAACAGUCCCGCCUGCGCCGGAUGCCCCCCGAUUUCGACUGUUGUGCCCCGGGGCUGGUGGCUGCAGGCAUCCCGGGCUGUUCUCCUGAACCUGCCCCCCAGCCUUUGAGCCUUACACAGGGUUUUGCUGGCAGCCCGACAGACGGGGUUUUUAAGGGGUGCAGCAGGAGCCGAGCACCGCUCCUGCCCGCAGUCUGGCAUGUCUGGCGGGGGCGAGGCGGCGCGGGGGCGGCCAGGCAUGCGGGGAGCUGCCCCAGCGCGGCCGCAGCCGGCGUGGGGCCAGCGCGGCAGUGCCGGCACCCGGCCGCGGCGGAUGCCGUUCCCUCUGAGGUCACGGGCAGAGCAGCCGUGUCGGGGCUGCGGCGGGCGCCGGCGACCCGCGGCUCCCUGUGACCGAUAAGCGUCGGUGACAUCUGAUAAGUGUCACCCGGGCUGUCCCGGGUGGCAUCGCUGGGGCUGAGCCGGCGGCGCUCACUCCAGCACUUUGUUGCUUUGUUCCUCAGCGCCGCGGCUGGGUCUGGCGAGAGCUUUCUGCUCUCUCCCUUGUCACCCGGGUCCUCGGCCACACCGGCUGCCAGCAAGCGGCACUGUUACCCUGCCGCCCGCCCGGGCACCCACCGGGCAUCCCCAGCUCUGCUCUCAAGUUUUGCCUUUUAUCUGACCACAGUACUUGGAAAAAGCGGGCGACCUUCUGGGAAGGCAGCCCUUUCCUCAGAUCUGCCCGAACACGGGUAUUAAUAGCUGCUGUUCUUUUUUCUUUUUCCCGUUAAAUGCUGUUAAGACUUGAACAUGCUCAGGAUGUGGUUAGAUAACAGGAGGCACGGGCAGUUUCAGCUGGAUGUGACGCUUUCUCUCCCCUGCUGUUUGUUUCUUCCAAAUUCAAGGUCAUUUUAUUGCUCUUUGCUCUGCAAGACCCAGAAGUGUUAGACCUUGUACCCAUUUUAGGCUGGGGUUAGUCAGGCUCUUGUUACAUGCUUGGUCUGUUACGGAGCAGUCAGGAAAAGUAUUGCUAAAGCAAACGCAGCCUGGGGUCAGUGUUUUUUUGACUGAGGUUUAUCUGCGGCAGGGAGAGAGCAUUUGGAUUAAUCACGUCACAACAUCGAAUAAAUAUUUAAUCCCUCUGUGGACACACUUAGUCACUUCCAGUGAGAAUUAAGAUAAAUAGACCUACAGCUGUCUGAGUGAGAGCAUUUGUGCAGCUCAACUCACCAACUCGGGCUUUGAAGUUGGAACCAGUCUGGGUGGCUUGUCCUGCAUGUCUCUGUGUUCCUGUGUCACCAGUGCCACCAGUGGGUGGUCCUCUGGGGUGCCCAGAGCCAUGGCAGCAAGACAGCAGAGCCAGCCUCCUCCCAUCCCACGGCAGCCUCGGGAGCAAGGGGUGGGCAGGAAUGGCUGUUAAAUUAAAAAUGGUGAAUAAUGAGGACGUCACCACAUGUGUGUGCUGCAGGUCUUUGCGUUUGUCCCUCCUAUGUGGCUGAGCAGUUCUGCUGGUGUGCCAGUGGGUAGGCUCUGGACCCAUUGGAUGACUUAUUUUUUAAUUUUUUUUUUCUUCCUUUAAAGCAAUCAACCCCAUUUAAUUCGUAGUUUUUAAGGUGAACUAUUAUUUUUCAGCUGGUUGAUGUCUAGGCAAUAUUAUUGACCAUCAAAACUUAACCUCUCCUCAAGGCUGAGAAGUUGGCCCCUCGGGUGAGUGUGGGCCGUGCCCUAUGCAGCGUGUAGGGUGGGUGUGUGCCAUGCUGCCUGCGGUGCUGGGCUGGCAGGAGCUGGCAGCACGAGGCAGGAAUGGGUUUAAGUGGGUUUUAACUGUUCUCUGUCCCACCCAGAGCCUCACACACGGUCUCGGUGCAAGUCGCUGUGGUUGGUGCUCCAGGGAGGCUUGACCCCGCACAGGAGCAUUGCGGGAUGGGGUUUUUUAGUAGUGGAGCCCCCCCCUAGCUCCCACCCAAGGGCUGCUUCCCACUCUCACUGGUGUCUGUGGCAGGCACCUUACUUCCAGCUGCAGUGACAAAAGCAGCUGUGUUUACAAGGGCCAAAAUUUCUACAGGUGGCCUUUCACUCACCCCUCUCAGGACCCCUUUGGCCAGAUUGCCACAAGCCCAGCUGAAGCCCUCAGGAGAUGGGGAACCACGAGAGCCUGGAAAACAGGGCAUAAUGCUGUGGUUUGGACAUUGGAAAUGGCAGCAGUUCCUGGGUGGUGAAUGUCUUUAGCUGGGAACCAAUGGACUUAAUACUUGACUAUUGCUUUUUAAUAGUAUUUUCAGCACAAUACGUGGAAUGUAAGGGAAGGAAGUUCCCAUAGUGCUGGAUCUCGUGUUGCAGUGUCAGGAAGCUGUUAUUGCCAAGCUGGCAUGGCUCAAAAAGAGUUGAAAUAAAUCAAAUAAUUCAGCAUCUGUGCAAACUUUUAGCUUGGGCCGAACGAUGGAAAUACUCCUGUGCAGCGGGAUUAUUUUUUUACAAGUGAUUGUUUUUGACACCACUCUUGUCUGGAAGUCUGAUUUGCGGAGGAAUUUAUAUGAUAAGUUUAAAUCCAGCCCUGUUCUGGAAAGCUCUUCAGCAUAGACUUAAAAUAGACACAUACUUAAAUCCUCUUAAAGUGUUAAUUAAAAUGAACAAUUAGUACAUCCUUGGGUGCUUUUCUUGAACAGGGUGCUUAUAAGAAUUGUACCUUCAAUAUGCUCUUACAGAAGCAAACAAUACUGAGGAAAACUCAGUUUUAAUGAUCUGGGCACACUUCUCAGAAAAGUCUGCAAGUGGUAGGGGGAAAUGCCCUAUGUGUUUUGGAUUACUUAAUAAUGCAGACUUUGGUGCUUUUAAAAACAAAAUUUAAAAAAAAAAAAAGAGAGGGAAAAAAAAAAAAAAAACAACACAAAACCCACCACAUUUCUGUAGCCAUGAUUUACCUAGGGGAAUACAUGGUAUUUUUUAUGGUGGAUGUUAUUUUUCUUUAAGGUUACGAAUACGUUAUUUAUAUUUUUGUAAUCUGUGUGGUUACCAUUGUAAUUCUGAAGUAGAGUUGUUCCUGUUGUUUUUUGGAGUGAUGUCGGUAUUCAAAUAAAGCUGCAGCUGAAGCCCCUGCCCUUUUUGUUAAGCACGGGGUGUGUGCGUGCCCCACGUUCUUCCCAGACCUGGUGCUCUCAAAUUCUGUGUGUUUGUGGUUAAAUAAACUUCAGAGUCAGAGGUGGA